GGACCCCCAGUGGUGGCCGAGGGCACUGCAAAUAUGAUUUUUGGUCAUUUAAUUUGUCACAUUCAACCGAAUAUAUGUAUACACUAAGAGUGAAAUGUAAAUAAACACGAGUUUGUGUAGUAUAUCCAUGGAGUAAAAUCAACUUAGUGAACAGAUGUGGUACGUAUACCUGCAAUAUCCUUGGUCUAAUUUAGUGGUUCUUUAACCUUUUUUUAAUGUAAAUUUAACAACUUUGUGAUUCACUUUAUCCACAGUUUAUACAAUGUAAUACAGAGCAUCCACUUGAGGUUUGUGCACCAUAGUUUGAGAACCAGUGAUCUAAUUAAUCAACAAAUACCUUCAUGUAAAUUGUCUAUUUUCAAAAGGUGUGACUAUGUUUUAAUAAAACUAGUUGUAAGUUGUUUACCUGAGCUCACAAACACCCAACUGUAUCCAAACACCUAACACCAAUCUGGCGCUUCAAUAAUUAAUUUGGCGCUAAAUAAAUUAUUGAAAAUACCUGUCAAUUAGCAGCGGCCGACGGGGGAAUAAAAUAACAAGGAGUGAUGGGCCAAUGACAUGCAGCGGAUCCUCACGCCCCCAGUCUGCGUUCAGCCAAUGAGAAUGUCGUUUCCUCCAUUUCCUGUUGUGGUGGAGUCGCAGUUGGAUGCACGGAGGAUUCCUCAGCUACACUUCUCUACAGGGACACAGGGAAUUAAACAUGUCAGUGUUGGUGUGAACAUGGAGGACUUCAGUGCUGCAGAGAUGCUGCUGCUCAGCAGGACGGAAGCUCGAACCUGAUGUGGCCCCUGCAGAACUCGGCAGCCCCCUGUCUGCUGCUGCUGUUGUUGCUGCACCUGCACCUCAUGUCAUGCUGAUAGUCUCCUAACAGACGAGAAUCGGAUACCAUAUAUUCAGGGUCCAUCAUGCCCAUCACACUGCUGUGGGCCGUGGACGUGUACGGCAGAGUGUACAGCCUCUCCACAGCCGGGCAGCGCUGGCAGCGUGCUGACGACUUACUGCUGGAGCUGAAGCGAGUUACCGCAGGGAAGGACCGCUGCUGGGGCAUCGGCUGUGACCACCAUGUUUACCUCAACAUCAUGCCCAGUGAGACGUCCGUCCGCUACCGGGAGGAGACUUACGAAAACCAGAGGUGGAACCCAGUGGACGGCUUCACUGACACACUGCUGCCCACCGACCGCUGGCCGUGGAGUGACGUGACCGGCCUGAAUCCUCAGCCUCUCCACAGCUUCCAGUUGCCCUCCAGCAGUUGGGAGUGGGAGGGAGACUGGUAUGUGGAUCAGAGCUGCGGUGGAGAACCCAGUCAGACUGGGGGCUGGGAGUAUGCCGUAGAUUUCCCCGCCAACUUUUCCCCUGACAAGAAAUGGAAUUCCUGCGUCCGCCGUCGCCGCUGGAUCCGAUACAGGAGAUACAUUGCUCAAGGCACAUGGGCCAAGAUUCCUUUAGAUCAUCCCAGGAAACCUCCUCUUCCCCUGUGUGACAUCAGCUGUGGGGGCUGGGAGAUGAGUGACCAGUCUGGACGGUACCCCUACCUGUGGGCUGUGUCCCAACAAGGACAGGUGUGUCCCAGGGAGGGCAUUCACCCGCGGGUACCAGAGGGCUCCUCCUGGGAGGAGGUGGAGGUGCCCAAGGAGGUGUCUCAGUUAUCGGCUGGUCCAGGGGACCUGCUGUGGUGUUUACUGUGGGAUGGAAACCUCAUGGUCCGGACCGGCCUUAGUCUGGACAGUCCAACCGGAACGUCAUGGACCGAGGUUGAGUCACCAGGAAAAGAGAUUGAAGCUCUUCACGUAGCAGUGGGAGUCAGUGUGGUCUGGGUGGUCACUAAAGACUACAAGGUGUGGUUCCGACGUGGUGUGAACUCCCACAACCCCUGUGGUUCAGGUUGGAUCAGUAUUGGAGGAGAGAUGAUCAUGGUGGAUGUUGGACUCAAUGACCAGGUGUGGGCGGUCGGUGAGGACCGAGGCCUGUACUUUCGAAUGGGUGUAACUCCGUUAGAGCCCAGUGGAAAUGGCUGGAUUCCUGUAUCUGCCCAGUGGGGCAGCAGGAAGGAGGUUGUUCCAGCCCACAGAGAUGACUGUGAGUUUGGCGGUCAGCUCACCGAGGCCACACAAGGCUCGGUCCUCAGCUGCACUGACUCGGACUCAGAGGUCGGCCCCGCUGAUCCACAGAACUCCACCACAGACACCCCGGUCCUGGAGGCGGCAGCUCCCUCUGUCGUCCCUUUAGGUGGAGCAGACACUCCUACGUCUCCUCUGGAGGCAGACGAUGCUCCUUCCUCCUCCAAACAGGAGCUUCCCAAACCCUUCAUCCCUGCCAGCGACAGCUUCAUCAACAGCCUGGUUUCAGACCGAGACAAAACGUCCUCAUCUCAGCCCACCAUCACAGAGUUUCCACAGGAGGAGGUUGAGGAAAAAGCUCCAGCUACGUUACUUCCCAGCCCUGAGCCUGUGGGCCACGACGUCCCCUGGAUGAAUGUGGACCUGGAGGGGGCAGAGGCAGGUAGGAACGCUCAGAGAGCGGGGCCUGCUGUGACGGAGGGCGGAGCAGCCGCCGCUGCUGCCACCUACAGUUUGGAGACCCUGGAGACCUUUCAGGGUGUCGGGGAGGAGGAUGGUCCGGCGUGGACCUGGAUUUCGGGUGGAGGCUGUGACGUGGACACAAGUUCACAGAUCAGCUGGCUCAGUCCCACAGGUCUUCUCACCAGCUCUUUGUCGCUGACUCCAGUUCAGUCAGCAGCUUGGAGCAAACAGCAGCAGCAGCAGCAGGAUCACAGAGAGCAGAUCAGCAAGAAGCCGCUGGAGAGGAGCAACUCCGUGUGGGUGCGUAAAGGUUCCUUGCGCUGGUGGAGAGACUGGAAACCUCAGCGCUGGGUGGAUGUGGGUGUAGCUCUGGAGCAGUCCACCAGGUGUGACGGCAGGAAGGACAGCAUUUUCUUUGUCUAUUACACACAGUACGGUGAGAAAAAGUACCUUCAUGUCUUCAUAAGUGAAAUGACGGCGCUGGUACCGGUGCCCAGGGACUGUCACUAUUCCUUUGCUGUGUACACGGCACAAAGGACCAAACACAGGUGGCCUCUGGUCCUGGCAGCACAGACGGAGAAGGACAUGAAUGACUGGCUGUGCCUGUUGUCCGACUGUUGCUGUGAGAGUCGUGGAAUCACAGGACCACCGUCCCGACAGGCCGUGUGGUCCACCACCUCCAAAGGAGACAUUAUGGUUCAUGAGCCGUCCUUCUCCCUGGAGACCACUGCAAACACACUUCCCUGUGACCAAAUGUUUUGGCGGCAGGUCCCAGGACACCUGCGCUGUGUAGAGUCUAACAGUCUGGGGCUGGUGUGGGGCAUCGGGUGGGACGGUACUGCUUGGGUCUACAGUGGGCACUAUGGGCAGCAGCCCACAUCUGGAGAUGCUGUUCAUCAGACUGAUGUCAGGAGUGUUCACGUGUAUGAGAACCAACGAUGGAACCCCAUGACUGGAUACACAGACAAAGGACUGCCCACAGACCGGCCCAUGUGGAGUGAUGAAAGUGGGCUGAGAGAGUCCACCAAAGACAACACCCACCCACCCUCCCCUCAGUGGUCCUGGGUGUCGGAGUGGACUGUGGACUACAACGUCUUUGGGGGGACAGACAAAGAAGGCUGGCAGUACGCUGCAGACUUCCCUGUCACAUUUCACGGUCACAAAACAAUAAAAGACUUUGUCAGGCGCAGAAGAUGGAUGAGAAAGUGUAAGAUCACACUGGGAGGUCCGUGGCAGCAGGUCCCGCCCAUACCACUGAGUGACGUCUCUCUGAUGCCGUGUCUGGCCCAGAGCAGGAUGGAGCACGUCCCAGUCUGGGCCCUCAGCGACAAGGGAGAUGUUCUGUGUCGACUGGGAGUCAGCCCUCAGGAACCAGCUGGCAGCUCCUGGCUUCACGUCGGCACAGAUCAGCCCUUUAAGUCCAUCUCCUUCGGUGGAGCCAACCAGGUGUGGGCCAUCGCCAAAGAUGGGUCUGUAUUCUACAGAGGCUCUGUGUCCCCACAAAACCCUGCAGGAGAAUGCUGGUACCACAUCCCUUCUCCUCCCAGACAGACACUCAGGCAGCUGUCGGUGGGUCGCACAUCUGUCUUCACGGUGGAUGAAAACUAUAACCUGUGGUACCGACAGGGCGUCACUCCCAGUUACCCUCAGGGCUCCACCUGGGAACUCAUCUCCAACAACGUCACAAAGGUCUCUAUAGGACCACUGGACCAGGUUUGGAUCAUAGCAGACAAGGUUCCAGGUUUCCCUGCUGAGACUGCAGGAGCCGUCUGCCACAGGCUCGGGGUGGGACCUGUGCAGUCCAAGGGCCAGACCUGGGACUACGGUAUAGGGGGGGGAUGGGAGCACAUCAGUGUGAGGGGGAACUCGGCAGAGGCUCCCCGCGGUUCUCUUCCCGCAGCGGCUGGAUCUCCACGCAGCCCGCUUCCUCGACGGAUCCCAUCACAAGUAAACGGGAACGCCGUUGGAGUGUAGCACGGCUCCAGGUGCCCAUCCCUGUUUGUGCCUGGAUCUGUUCGUCUCCUCGUCAGGGGAAUGCACAUUGAGCUCACUCCCGUGGGACUCUUGAUCUGUAGAGAAAUGUUAGACUCUGAGACUAUGGGAAGCACAAAUGCUGUGAGGAAAGUGCAUGUGUUUGCUUCACUCACCUGUGGCGACGGGUGACAUCACAAGAGAACGGGGCUCCUGUAAAGGGCUAGGAUGAGGUUUGGUACCCAACAUUCACACGCUGUAGUUAAACUCUUUCUACAGUAGGAUUUGUUUGCGUUUUGACUGCAACUGCAUGUGAUUUUAUUUCUUUAUCUAUUUAUUUAUCUACGGGUUUCUCACACAACUGUUGAAUUUCUUCCUUAUGUUUUAGGCCUGUGACAUACGAUUGCAAUGCAGUGAUUUUUAACCUACAAGUAGUCGGACAAUCUUUCCUGAAUAUGAGGAAUUUUACAAAUGGACUGUGAAUAUUAAAGAAAUUCCUACUCAG